ACCAAUGAACGAUGGAAGGAUGAUAUCGCAUACGCGAUGACUCCUUUCAAGUUGAUUACGUGGCCUAUCGGCGUAUGGCCACUUCAAGUUUAUGACAUUUAUUCGUUGUUGCGUUGUGCAUUAGGCACUUUUUGUGCGAGUCUAAUUGUGAUCUUGCCUUCUAUGGAAAUGUACUUGGGUUGUACUGACGUAAACCAAAAUGUAGACUGUCUGAUGAUGAUCUGUGCCGGAAUGCUCUGUGUACUGAAGAUAACAUGGUUUCGCAUAUAUCCAAAUAGUUUAAUCAUCAAUUACAACUCUGCUCUAAACGAUUAUCUUACGAUUGACAAUACAAAGGAUCGUGACAUUAUGAGAAGACACGCUUUUAUAUCAAGGGCCCUUUUCUCUUCCUUAUUCGCCAUGGAUUACUUUUGUUGUCUAAUAUAUGGGAUAAUUCCUAUUUUGGAUUAUGACAUAAAUAAUCGAAGUAACAUAACAAACGAAGAUGCGACACUAGAAUACGUUAUACCAUCAAGAUGUGCUCUGGAAUAUUUUAAUUUUCCAACAAGUAUGUAUAAAAUGUGCUGUCUCGUCGAAACUGCUGUAAUGAUAUUAGCGACUACAGCUAACAUUGGUAAUUGUUAUUAA